CCACUCCUCUAUCAGACCAAACUCUUUCCUUUCAUAAUUUACACCGUUGGAAGCCCAAGCCCAAUAAACAUCAUUUUACCGUUAAAAUGGACGCACCCAUUUGCCGCCGUCAACAUUCAAAUAGACAAGUCCCUUACUUUUUCUUCUUUUGUCUUCACCUUUUCUCCAACGGCUCUCUGAUCCACAGUCGAACGAAGAAAGUUGUCCAGUUUUCCAGAUAUCUGAGCAAAACCAUCGAAACACCCAUUUCACAAAACCAUCAUAGGAGGAUUCUCUCCAAUUUUCCUUCUUUGACUUCAGAUUUCCUCCCCCCAUCCCAACAGAGCUCCAUAUCCGUCACCCGUUCUCUUAAUAAAUGGAGUCUACGCCUCCUUCCCAUCGUUCGAACCCUAAAUCAGCUUCGCGUCUUGCUCGAAUUUCCGAAUCGAACCAACAACCGCCAAAUCCCUCUCUUGAUCUAGCUCUACCGUCUCCGAAGAACAACGACACUCCCUACCCAUCACCCGCCUCCCUCAGAUCCUCUUAUUCUCCCGUUCCAGUUCGCGAACUCCUCCUAUUAUCUCCUUCUCCUCUCCGCAAAUCGAGAACCCGUUUGGCUGAUAAGCUUGAAAUGGCCAUAGACGAAGCUCCGGAGCCCGCCGGGGCCGUGCGCAAGCGGUGCAAGACGAAGGGAGGGCAAAAGGGUCUUUUGGCUUGUGCUUCCCCGAGGAACGCCCGCAGAUCGAGGAGGCGAACUGAGGCGGUGGAGAUGAAGGAAGAUAAGGAACCGAACGUCGUCAUCGAUGAAACCCUAAAGCCAAGGAGACGAAAGACGAGCGUUCGGUCUAAGAAGGAGAAACAAAGUUCAGCACCUUUGUUACCUUCUCCUUGUUCAUCUUCAAUCCCAGACGAAGAUGUUUGCCAAGGCGAUUUGGAUAGAAUUGGGGCGAUUGUCAGUGAUUUGGUCAUGUGGAGAGACGCUGCCAAAUCGACCCUCUGGUUUGGUUUCGGAUGUUUGUGUUUCUUAUCUUCUUGCUUUACCAAGGGAGUCAGCUUUAGUGUUUUCUCAGUGGUUUCCCACCUCGGCCUUCUGCUUCUUGGUGCAUCAUUCUUGUCAAACACUCUCCGUCAAAGGAACAAGGAAGAGACGAGGCGAGAAUUUCAUGUGAGGGAAGAGGACAUUUUGCGCAUAGCCAGGCGUGUGCUUCCGGCAACCAACUUUGCAAUUUCAAAGACGAGAGAGCUCUUCUCAGGAGAGCCAUCCAUGACACUCAAAGUGACACCAUUUCUGCUAAUUGGAGCUGAGUAUGGUCACUUGAUAACAUUGUGGAGGCUAUGCGCUAUUGGGUUUUUCCUCAGCUUCACCGUCCCAAAGCUCUAUUCGUGCUACAGUGCUCACAUUAACCAAAAAGUGGAAAGAAUGAAAAGGAGGAUAGUCGAAGCGUUGAGAGGUUGUUCACACAAGAAGAUGGUGGCCUUCUCUGCCAUUACAGCUUUCUGGAAACUGACUAGUGUCAGAACUCGUAUUUUCGCAGUGUUUAUAGCGGUGGUAAUACUGCGGUGCAUGAAGCAAAAUGUAGAGGUCAAUCCUGUUGCAGAAGAAGUAGAUGCCCAACAAGAAGAACCACAGAAAGAACUGUCAUUGGUUGUAGUUUCAGUGCCUAAAGGAUCAAAGAAGCUACAGUGAUGUUUUUCUUUUUUGUAAACACAACUCCUGGCAAUCCAAUCAGAAAUGGCAUGCUCAGUAGACAAUCGUUUCCCAAUCGCCGUCCAGCGAGAUUAUAAACCCUAACCCCUCCUACCUCCGUCUCCCCUUUGAUCCGUCGAUCUUUUUCCGAAUUCUUAGAGAGGCUUGCGUAAGUUUUGGUGCCAGUGGGGACGACGGAAGCGUAACCCUGUGUUCGUGAAAGUGGAGCAGCUCAUACGUUGACCGUUGAGGUCGUUUUCUUUUGUGAUGGCCCUUUUGAUACCUGUGUGGGUGUUGUGUUCCCACAUCACUUGCCAACUGAUAUGAAAAAGAUGUGAACUUUUGUUU